UCUCUCUGUCUCUCUCUCUCUGUCUCUCUCUCUCUGUCUCUCUCUCUCUCUCUCUCUCUCUCCUUCUGUCUCUAUAACUAAACUGGUCAGCAUCCACAAGAGAAACACCUAGAAAGAGAGGGUUUUCCAGCAGUUUGCUCAGGACCCUCAGGAGCCACAGCUGGGACUCACCCCUCUGUGAACCAUGAACUCUUCCUGCUGCCUGUUCUCUGCUUCUCCGAUGCUGCCUAACCUCUCAGAGCACCCUGCAGUCCCCUCUGCCAGCAACCGGAGCAGCAGUAGUGGCGAGUUCUGCGAACAGGUCUUCAUCAAGCCCGAGGUCUUCCUGGCGCUGGGCAUCGUCAGCCUGAUGGAAAACAUCCUGGUAAUCCUGGCUGUGGUCAGGAACGGCAACCUGCACUCCCCCAUGUACUUCUUUCUCUGCAGCCUGGCUGCAGCCGACAUGCUGGUGAGCGUGUCCAACUCCCUGGAGACCAUCAUGAUCUCCAUCAUCAACAGCGACUUCCUGACCUUGGAGGACCAGUUCAUCCAGCACAUGGACAACAUCUUCGACUCCAUGAUCUGCAUCUCCCUGGUGGCCUCCAUCUGCAACCUCCUGGCCAUCGCCGUGGACAGGUACGUCACCAUCUUCUACGCCCUCCGCUACCACAGCAUCAUGACGGUGAGGAAGGCCCUCGCCCUGAUCGUGGCCAUCUGGGUUUGCUGCGGCAUCUGCGGUGUGAUGUUCAUCAUCUACUCCGAGAGCAAGAUGGUCAUCGUGUGCCUCAUCACUAUGUUCCUCGCCAUGGUGCUCCUCAUGGGCACCCUCUACACCCACAUGUUCCUCUUUGCCAGGCUGCAUGUCCAGCGCAUCGCUGCGCUGCCCCCGGCUCAUGGGGUGGCCCCGCAGCAGCACUCGUGCAUGAAGGGGGCUGUCACCAUCACCAUCCUGCUGGGGGUGUUCAUCUUCUGCUGGGCGCCUUUCUUCCUCCACCUGGUCCUCAUCAUCACCUGCCCCACCAACCCCUACUGCAUCUGCUACACGGCCCAUUUCAACACCUACCUGGUCCUCAUCAUGUGCAACUCUGUCAUUGACCCCCUUAUCUACGCCUUCCGUAGCCUGGAGCUGCGCAACACGUUCAAGGAGAUUCUCUGCGGCUGCAAUGGCAUGAACUUGGGCUAGGGUACCGGUGGAGGUGCUCUGUAUCCAGCCAAGGAGCUUAGAGACAAAAAAGAACACUCAGAAGAGACAUAAAGAGCGUUAGCGGCCGGCCGUGACUGAGCUUGGCUUUUGUAUUUUUUGCAAAGCUGGUGGUCCUUCGCAAAGGGCAGAUGGAGUAGAAUGGGCUCUCUGUGAGGAUCUGCAUGUGGGUAAGUCUGAUCUUCCACACCGUCUCUGGAAGAAUCAGGGAAGGCUGCACUUGGUGUGUUCAUUGCUGGGCACCCAGGGCUUGUGAUCUCUGCCUGCCUGUCUGCUUUGUACCAGUAACUCUGUGCUUCAAGCCAACCAGAUGGAGGGCUCUGGUGAACAGAACCAGUGCAAGCAAACCUGCUCACAGCUACCACCUCCGGCUGUCUGCUACGUGGAGGGCUUUGUACACAUUCAGAGAGAGACUGAGUUUCCAUUUGCGUGGCUACAAUGUGUAAAAACAGCAUAAGGUUCUCGUUUCUCCCUUCCAGCACCGGCAUCCAUCCCAGUCUCUCCCUACCCCUGCAAAAAGAAAGUAACAUGGGGAUGUGACCCCCUUCUUUCUGUGCCAUUGUCAGGGUUGUUGCUAUUAUUGGGGUUUCAUUCAUUCCAUCUAAGCUUCAAAACCUAGUAAAUCAAAAUGCUAUGGGCAGUGAGAGGUCCUUGUAUCCUUGGACUUUGCUACCUGGUCAUUUUAAGGUAGAUGUUGCAAAAAAAACAAACAAAACUGUCUUUCUACUGUUGCUUCUCUGCCUACAGGAGGGUGUGCAUUUCACUAGAAACCACUUUGCUGUCACUGAUGAUGGCUUGAGCAGCUGGGUCUGCCUCCAAAUCCCUUCCUUCCUUACUCCCAAACUCCUCUCUCCGCUCCUGGUGACUGUGUGUCUAUCAAGAGGCUAUCUCUGUAUUAUCUGUGACUGUGGCUGUGUUUUGGCUGUUCCUUCUUAUGAUAGACAUGAUGUUAAAGUCAAGUGACCCUGUUGGCAACAUCUGUACCUUGUCAAGUAAAGCAGUCACUCCCACCACCACAGGGCAAGGAUUCACAGGCGCUGUGCAUAUCACUCUGUGCUGCUGGCAACUGUGGAUCCCUUCUUGCCCUAAACAAGUUCAGCUAGCACCUUCUCCUCUGUGUGUGCUUUCCUGUUCUUGAAUGUAUGGGGUUAAGGGACCAUGCUUGAAUUGUUCCUGCUAACGUGAUAAUAAGCAUCAUUUGUUUCUUGCUUGGAUCGUGAUGCUGGGGGAUAAUAAAAACUUCUGCUUCUGUGCCCACUAA